AUGAUUGAAUCUCCCAAGAUUAAUCUUGAUGACUUUGCAGUCUCACCGGAUCAUGGCUUCCUCCCGAGUGGCCUGCCUCUGCAAAAGCUGUCUCCCGUCUACUACACUCCAUGGGAGAAUCUAGCGGCACGGUUGCCACAACUGAUCCAGAGUGGCAAGCUCAGGCAAUUGCUUGAGCAAAUGCCCGUUCUUACCACAACCUGGUUGCAAACGGAGCCAGAAUGGCGCCGUGCCUAUUCCAUACUGGGAUACUUCACGCAUGCCUACGUCUGGGGAGGCGAGAAACCCAAGGAUAUUCUUCCUCCAUCCAUUUCAAAGCCCUUCCUCGAGAUAUCAAAGCACCUAGAGCUGCCUCCAUGUGCAACCUACGCUGGCCUCACUUUGUGGAACUACACUGCCGUUCCCGAGGCCAGUAUAACAGAGCCAGACAACCUGUCGGUCCUCACUUCGUUUACAGGCACUAAAGAUGAAGAGUGGUUCAUGGUUGUUUCUGUUGCCAUUGAAGCCGCUGGGGCAAAAAUUGUCCCGCUGAUGCUUGAUGCAAUUGCAGCUGCCGCGGUUCAUGAUGAUGCUCGUCUGACAGCCCUGCUAUGCCGAUUUACUGAUGGCCUGCAGGAAGUCAACAGCCUUCUGAAAAGAAUGUAUGAGAAGUGCACUCCUGCUGUCUUUUUCUACGACCUACGUCCCUUCUUGGCUGGAAGCAAAAAUAUGGCUGCCGCAGGUUUGCCUAAUGGUGUCUUCUAUGACCUUGGCCAGGGUCAGGGCGAGUGGCAUCAGUACAGCGGCGGCAGCAAUGCGCAGAGCUCCCUAAUCCAGACAUUCGACAUCUUUCUGGGUGUGAAUCAUUCCGCAACUGGCGGCAUCAAGCCUGCCGGAGCUGGAUACAUCCAGGAUAUGCGAGACUACAUGCCCGCUUCGCAUAAGCGCUUCCUCGAAACUCUCUCCUCCCUCUCCAACAUCCGCACCUACGUUUCCUCAUCGUGUGCCGAGUCUCCUCUCAAGGAAGCCUACAACGCCGCUGUGCUGACCCUCAGUUCCUUCCGAGACACCCAUAUUCAGAUUGUCUCUCGCUACAUCAUUAUGCCUGCUCGCCACCGCACCCCAGCCAACCAGUCCACCAGCAAAGUUAACCUGGCGACGGCCAGUACCCAGGCUAAGGGCCUGGACGACGCUAACCCCAGCGGCCUGUAUGGAACGGGUGGGACGAGCUUGAUUCCUUUUCUGAAGCAGACCCGGGACACAACUAAAUCGGCGACUUGUUAG